AUGCCACCGGUCGAGCGCGACGCCCCGGUGAUCGACUGGCAUCUAAGACACAAACACUCUGCCUCAUCCGACCACGGGCGCGCCUUGAUCCCCAUGUGGGACAGCUCCGACCCCGAGAGGGCGCCGGCUCCUCUCCCAUUGAACCCACAGUCACCCAGCACAUCGCGACACGGCACCUCGCCCGCCAUCCGAUCAGCCCAUGCCGCCCUUAAUGAGAAGGCACAGGAGCAUGCGCUCAUGCCGGUACUCGUCAAGCGAAAUACCGAUGCAUCUCCCGAGCGAGCACUGGUAUCGAGGGCCAGCCCACACAAGCGCACACAAACUCUUGGCCCCACUAGCGUAAGAGACCUUGGUUUGAUGCUCGAGGGACCUCCACGGCGCGAUAGUAUCAGCUCGUUCGGCUCCCCGAGAUCCCUAUCGCCAGAAAAGUCCAACAGGCCCUCGACCCCCGUCCGCGGUCGGGAAAAUGAGAGAGAACAGUCAGUCGACAGGGAGACCGCGCCGACGCCAGUGUCGGCCAGUUCCACACCAGCCAUACGCCCUGCAGUUCGGAGGCAACCCUUCAGUAUCCUGGGGGAGAACACCCCGCCGCAGUCAGCGACCAUGCUAGCACUUCAGAACAUGCCGCCAAUCUCAUCUCGAGAGGCUACUCCUUCAACCGAGGCACCGAGGCCGUUGGGUAAUAUCACGAACAACUCGACCGCGGUGGUAAAGACACAGCCUUCGGUGGAUAACCUAUCGAACCAGAUUCUCACUUUGACCAGUAUUGCCACUGCUUUGCAAAAGGAAAUGUCGCUGCUCAGUCGUAGAAGCAGAGACAACGCAACAGAUUUGAUGAGUCUCAAGGAGGCCACUCAUGCAAGAGACGAGGAUAUCCGCAAGAGCCUUCGCGAAAUCAUUAUCAACGCCGACUCCAGAAAGGAUCGUGAUCAUUAUGGCGGCCUGUAUCUGGACAACAAGCCUCAUGGCAGCUCGCCGCAGUCGAAGGCUCUCAAACCGUUCCAAUUGCCGAGGAUACCAUCUCCCACAACUUUCUCCGCCUCGCUAGACAGGGAAUCCACUAUCAGCUCUUCAACAGUGGACUCUGCACCCUCCUUGGUCGGUGACUCACCUGCCACGUUGGCUUUGAUUGAGAAGAUCAUUCGGGAGAUGGGCACCAGAGACGGCCAAGACAGCGUGGUUGAGCGUCUCACGGAACUUGCUGCGAAGCUGGAGGGCCUGGCCUCUUCGGCUAAAGUUGAAGAACUGAUUGGUGAGCUCAAGACUACAAAUCAGCAGCUGUCCCUUGUUCCCGCAAGCGGAGGCCGAGGUGGUGGCGGCAACAACACGAGCCGGGGGCGGAAUCCCAGCUUUGACGAUGAUGACAAUCACAGUCUGCGAGAAAUUAACUGGAAUCAUAGUGGGUCGGGAGCAGUUUCACAACGAGUCAACGCUUUCCUCCAAGACAAGGACGGUAGACGUGCAUCUAUACCAUCAAAUCGUUCGAAUGAGGUUCUCACCGAGGACGUUAUUAAAGCCAUUCGUGGUGUGAAAGACAGCGUAGCGCAGGGAGGCGGGCUCACAGCCGAAGUCAAGGCUCUUAUCAGAGAGCUACGCGGCGAGGUUCUUGGAAUGGGACGAGAGAUUGGUCGGCGCAUCGACGAAGUCAACGCAAAGGUGGCUGUCAGUGCCGCUACCGAUAGGGAUGUCGAACCCGCUGAGCCGGCAACUAAACUCCAGAUGGAAAAGAUCGUGAUUGAAGGCCUAGAUCAGAUGAGGAGUCGAAUGACCCAACUGCUCAAGGAUCACCGCCGCGAAUCAGUUUCGUCCACCAAGUCCCUGGUUGACUAUCAGGAGAUUUACAACGCUAUGAAAGCCGCCCUCAACGAUAGUCAAGCUAGCCUCUCUAAAGAUGACGAGCUGAGCAGGGAUGAUGUGAUAGACGCUGUGAAAGAUGCUUGGGAGAACUACCAACCCGAAAUCCACGUGGAACAGAUUGGUCUUGGACGAGACGAAGUUCUGGCUGUUCUGCAACAGGGCCUGCAGGAGUUUGCGCCCCCCGACGUACCGCAAGGCGCAUCUAGAGAUGAAGUCUUCGAAGCUGUGGCUCAAGCAUUGAAGAAUUUCACACCGCCACCCGUGGACACGCCCGCAAGUCUGUCGCGCGAUGAAGUGCUUGAGGCUGUGAGGGAUUGCUUAGAAGAGUUUGAGUUCCCCGUCGCAGCAUCAGCUCUCACUAACGAGCUUUCAAAAGAUGACCUUGUAGAUGCCGUCAAGCAAGGUCUGGAGUCCUUCGAUUUUCCGACCACUUCGAAUGCUAUCAUUCCUCAUGAUGGCAGCGCCGAUAGCUCCGAGGUCAUUGAGCGACUUCACGAUAUCAUGCAGUUCAUGAGGGAAGAGUUCAGGGCUGUAUCUGAGGAGGCGAAGCAGAAUGUUGCUGCCAAUGGCAGAGACACGGAGCAAGUACUCGAUGCCACGAAUGAUGGUUUUGAGAAGCUCCGUGCGCACAUAGAAAGUUAUGUCGACCGUGCGAAUAGCUUAACAAACCAAGACGAACUGAUCGAGAACCUUGCGGACAGCUUGAACGGCUUCCAAGCAGAAAUAUCAGAACUAGUCGCCAAGGCUUCCGAUGGAUCGAAAGCUAUGUUGAGGGAAGAAAUUGAAUCCUUGCGCGACGCCGUCAACUCGUCUCUUGUGCCACACUCUCCACCGGGUAUCGACAAUAGGGAGGUUCUUGAGGCCCUCCGAGAAGGCUUGGAGCGUGUAAGGCUAGAGCUCCUACGACCGCAUGCGGGCACCACCGACAUUCUUGACGCAAUGCACGAAGGUUUUGGCGACCUCCGUGCCACAGUUGAUAGGAUCGCCGACAAGCCUACGGACCUCACUGCUAACGAUGAGGUCCUCGAUGCUCUCAAGCUGGGCUUAGAUAGUCUCCGGGCAGACAUUGACUCACUUCGGGAGCAUAAUCAGAAUGAGCUCGAGGCACUUCGUGAGCAAAACAGGAACGGCAUCGAAUCCCUACGCGAGCAGCACCAAAGUGGCUUUGAGUCCCUUCGAGAGCACAAUGACGCCGAAAGGGCACUUGUUCCCGCAAUGCCAGAUGCCGUCAUUCCUGCUGACACGUUGAAGCAAGACGAUAUUAAGAACCUCGAGGUCAUGCUUACUCAGUUACGCAUCAAGGUGGAAGCAAUGGAGUUUCCAGUACCAACUCAACAUGACCAUCUUUCUAAAGGCGACCUUGCCGAGAUGGAAGAGCUCCUACGCAACAACCCUUCGAAGGAAGACUUAUCCGAGAUGCAGGAACUCAUCCGAAACAGUCUCUCCAAGACUGACUUGUCAGGAAUGGAAGAAAUGCUGCGCAGUGUUCAGGAGUCAAUAGCAGGACUUGCAGAGAAGGACUCGAAAAAAGAAGUCGAGGAGGCAGAAGAGCCAAAGAAGAAUAUGGAAGACGCCGCCACGAAGGAGGAUGUGGAAGCCAUCGAGACUCUUCUUCGAAACACUAAAGGCCGCCUUGAUGAUUUGUUAGAUGGCGAGCAGGCCAUCCGCAAAGACCAGAUUGACGGCGUCGAAGCUUUGGCGCUUGAAACCAAGGUGGCACUAGGCUUGCUCACCACGAAUCUCGAGUCCGUCUCCAAAAAGGAAGAUAUAAACGCUGUCGAAUCUCUAGUCACGCAGAUCAUUGCUGCGUUCGAUGAGAUGAAGGAACGAUCGGAGAAGGCUCUGGAAGAUCCAGAACGCGUAACGAAAACCGAUGUUGAUGCCGUGGAGACUGUGUGCCGCAAUAUGAAAUCAGUGGUCGAUCAGAUACGCGAGACCAAUAUUCCCACACUGCCAACGAAGGAGGAUUUGAAGGCGCUGGAAGAGGUCAUGAAGGAGGCAAAAGCUGUACUUGAUUCACAGGUUGAGACCAACGAAAAGGCUUUCGAGGAGAGACAAGCCGAGAUCGUUGGUGUUAGUGAGCGUGUAACUGAAGUCAAGACUUUCUUCGAAGAGUUCCAAGGUCUGGUCAAAGAAAAGCUCGAGAGCGAGACAUCGGGCCUUGAGGCUCUUAGCAAAGUCCUGGAAAGUCUCAGCCUCACGGUCGACAGGAACGCCAACGUCUCUGAGCAUCUGAAUGACAUGUUCGAAGUCAUGAAAUCGGAGUUUGAGGAUUCCAAGAAUGGCGUGGCUGGUGCCAAGAUCGACAACGAUGAGAAGCUGCAAGCUACACAGGAGGCACUGGCUGUCAAAAUCGAUGAGAAGAUUGGGGAACUCCUUACCAAGUACGAUGCUUUCGGAGUGGUUAUGGAGGAACGCCAUAAGUCCGGCGAAGCGCGAGAUACCGAGACGGAGGCUGCCGUCGUCAGUACGAAGGCGGUUGCCGAUGAGCUGAAGCUCUUAAUCGACACUCUUGGUUCCACUGUCACAGAUUCCAUGGAAAAGAUGGAAGAAGCCUCGAAGACAGUCUUCACAAGGGUUGAUGAUCUUUUCAGCAAGUCUGAGGAAAACCACUCGGACGACAAAAAUGAGCACUCCAUCACCCGGGACCAGGUCAAGGCCGCUGUGACUGUCGUCGAAGGACUCCAGGGACAUGUCGUCGAGUAUCAGCCAAAGAUCCUGGAGGCGGUGAAAGAUGUUCUUCUCAUUGUGGGUCAGCACUACGAGCACUCCAAGACGACUACCAGUGAGAUGCAGAAGAGUAUUGAGGAUGUCAAGGAGAAGGAGCCAGAAUUUCCUGCACUGCCGCCGCCCCCUGAGAAAUAUGAUGACACGGAAAUGCACGUCAAGCUAGACAAACUGGUCGAUCAUUCUCAUGCUGCUGGCAAGGCAUAUGCACAGCUUGAUACCUUGGACAAAGUCCAUGCUCAAGUCGUGCAGACCGCAGCAGAAAUCAACAGCUUCUUGGCAGCCCAGGCGAAACGCAUCGAGGACGAGCGAGAGGACCAUGAGAAGGCUCGCGAGGAGGCUGAGAAGAAGCUUCAGGAGACCAACAUCUCUCUUGCCGUUGCCCAAGCUGAGAAAGAGCAUGUCGAAGCCAACGUGGAGUCUCUGCGAUCAGAGGAAGAACAACUCCGUGAGAGCAUCCUUGCUUUGAGAACAGAGCGCGAAUUCCUUACUCGCCAGAAGACCCGCCUCACAGCCGACGUUUCCUCGUUAGAAACUGCUAUGGAAAUCAGAAGGGAGGAACUUCAUCACAUGGAGAGCCGUGCCGAAGGUCUCGAGCGUCGCAUUUUAGAAGGCGUGCUCGAUCAUUCUCGAGCUCUUUUGAUGACAAAGUCCGGCGCUAAGGGUCGCGAUGCUAUGUCUCGAAAACGCGUACCAGCCGCCAGAGCCAGCUUGACACCCGUCGAAACCCAAACUCUGAAUGCGCAACCGACUGCAUCUUACCGUAAAGCAGUCAGCAUUGCCGUCAACGGUAACCGCGCUAGUCUGAUUCCUCCAAACCCUGCCGGUGCUUCCAGGCGUAUUCUAAGUCUUAGUCAGAUCACGAAUAACGUUCCUACCGGCGGCAUCAAGCGCAGUCAAAGUGUUCGUACUGCGGCGGGCGCGGGGCCGUUGAGGAAGACCAGCUGGGGUGGUGGUCUGGGCAAGAAGUACGGCGACUUGAGUGGAGACAAGGAGAAUGAGCCCAUUGACUCGGUCCGAGAGGUGGACGAACCCUCUGAUCUCGAUAUUCAGCCCGAACCCGUAUCCGAGGAGACUACGGCGGAGCCGGUGCCAGUGACAGACAUCGUGUUAGCAAACGGUGCUAACUCUCAGGCUGAAUCUGAGUCCGAAUCUGGGUCUGAGUCCGAGUCUGAGGCGGAGUCUGAAGCAGAUGAUGCUGCCACCGAAGUACCUGCAGAAAGUGGCGCCGAGGAUAGAGAAGGAGACACGACUAGUGAUGCUGGCACGUUACGAAGGUCAAGUCUUGGUACAACGGUCAUCACGAGUACCGAAACCGAGGGUGACUAUUCGGACUAUGAUGACGAAAGCUAUGAUGGACGAAGCGAAUGGACAGAGAGUGCCCUUGGAACUGAGAGCGCUCUGAGUACUGACAGCUACGCUGAUACAGAGAGCAUUGCAGACUCGGCCAUCGGAGGAGGCGAGCUUGUGGUGCAUGCGGCAUAA